UGACUCUGCGCAUGCGCGUUACAGUCCCGACUACACCGUCUGCUUUGUUGGGACCAUCGAUGCUAUUGUGACUUGGCUCGACCAAGCUUUGAUCCAAAAGAGAUUAGGGGUUGCAUUUAUCCAUAGUCACUCGUGUGAUAUUAUAAGUGAGGUUUUGAGUUGACAGCCAGUGCUUAUUUUUGUCGUUUUGACGCUUGAGACGACAGAGGCGAGGAGCUCCUGUAUAUAAACAAAACGCAGCGCGAGCUGCUUUUAAGGUGGCACGUCAUUAGAGACAGCUGGAACAACAAGAGCCCUCUGCGAGGCCGCUCGGUCCACUCCGGGAAGAGGAGCUCGGUGUCCGGAAAAUGGAAAUCUUUCCUCGGCCUCGUCGGGAGUGAACCUCCGUAACUAGCGAACAUGAGCAAAGAGGGCCGCUUGUUGUCUGGACGGCAGCUCCUGGCAAGUGAAAGAGGGGGUGACCGUCCCUACUGCUGCCCCCGCUUGACGGAGGAGAAAGGCGAGCUUGCUAGCAAGAAGGGCGACCGCAGACGCCCUGGUUCUCUGCCCCGGUCGAAGUAGAGCUAAAGCGGACCGAGGCGCAUCAUGGAGACGGUGGGGAGAUUCGAGUUCAGUCGGAAGGACCUAAUAGGACAUGGCGCAUUUGCGGUCGUCUUUAAAGGCAGACACCGAGAGAAACAUGACUGGGAGGUGGCGGUGAAAUGCAUCAACAAGAAGAACCUAGCUAAAUCCCAGACACUGCUGGGGAAGGAGAUCAAAAUACUCAAGGAACUGAAGCAUGAAAACAUUGUAGCAUUACUGGACUUUCAGGAAACUGCCAGCUCAGUAUACCUGGUGAUGGAGUACUGUAACGGUGGUGACCUUGCCGACUACUUGCAUUCGAAAGGCACGCUGAGCGAGGACACGAUUCGUGUUUUCCUGCAGCAGAUUGCGGGCGCCAUGAGGGUCCUGCAGGCCAAAGGCAUAAUCCACAGGGACCUCAAGCCCCAGAACAUUCUGCUCUCCUACCCGCCAGGACGCAAAUCCCACUCAAACAACACCUGCAUCAAAAUUGCUGACUUUGGUUUCGCCAGGUACCUUCAGAACAACAUGAUGGCCGCCACUCUCUGUGGGUCCCCUAUGUACAUGGCACCUGAGGUCAUUAUGUCUCAAAACUAUGACGCCAAGGCCGACUUGUGGAGCAUUGGGACGAUUGUGUUCCAGUGCCUGACUGGGAAGGCUCCCUUCCAGGCAAGCAGCCCCCAGGAUCUUAGGAUGUUCUAUGAGAAAAACAAGAACCUCAGCCCCAACAUUCCCAGAGAGACUUCCAGCCAUUUGAGGCAUCUCUUACGGGGCCUGCUGCAGCGCAAUCACAAGGACCGCAUGGACUUUGAUGAGUUUUUUUCACAUCCAUUCUUGGAGGCCGCCAGCUCAUCCAUCAAAAAGACAACUCCAACUGUGACCAUGACCUGCUUCCCAAGUUCUGCUUCAGCCAGCUCUUGCAGCAGCUCCUCCACCUCCCACCUGGCUUCUCCUCCGCAAUCCCUUGCUGAGGUUCAGCAUUUGCGUGCCAAAGCACUGGCCUCUCCCACUCAGGAGGCCACUGGGUUUCUUCUCAAGGAUUCUUCCGGAGGAGGCGGCAGCAGCAAGAACUCCUCCUCCUGUGACACGGAUGACUUUGUCAUAGUGCCUGCUCAUUUCAACCCGGCUGAGCUGACGAGCGAGAGCAAAGUGCUGCAGGACAGUCUGAUGAACAGCGGCUCCUUGCUGACUUCUGCUGGUUUGUGUGUCCAAGCCAAAACGCCACCACACUCGCCCUCCUAUAGUGGCUCCCCAAGUCGUGUCAGGCCUGGUGAGUCCUCGGGGAGUAACUACGCCGGUCACAGCGGAAGCCACGGUCACUCCCUGCCGAUCCCCGUUCCCACUCAGGUCCACAACUACCAACGCUUGGAGCAGCAUCUUUAUACCACCAAGCAAGAAGGCUCGCCAAGGCUCUCUACCCCGGUGCAUCGCUGUAGCAGCGGAAGCCCGGUCGGCUUUGCUCGAACCGGGCCUUCUCCACCUUACGGAACAGUGACCACCACCCGAAGGCUCUCCUUGGGAGGGGCGAGACCAUUUCAGCUCUCCCCUCAAGCUGCUCAGCAUGCUGAAUCGAGGCCCACUGCUCAAAAGCACCCCCACGCCUCCACGGGCCUGGGCACACGGCUCCACAGCGCCCCCUGUCUCUUGGAGUGCACCACCGGUAGCGGAAGGCAAAAAAUUCGAAAGCAGCACUCAGACCCGGUGGUGGUCCCCACGGCAGGCCUGAUGACAGUCCGCCCCCUACACUCUUCCCCACGCCUCAGCGAGCUAAUGCAGCGAAGCCCCCUUCCCACCAUCCUGGGCUCCCCCUCCAGGGCCAUGCCUCCAUUUGAAUUCCCCAGGCCCCCCAGCUCUCCAAACCUCGUCAACUUCCUGACACAGCAGUGUUUGGCCAUGGGUUCUCCCAGCAGCAGGACUGCACCGGUCGAGACCAGAGACGCAGGACAGCCGGCGCCCACGCAGGGCCCGCAGCCUUCACACUGCAUCCACAGGAUGAAUGACGAUACCAGGGGAUUUGGAAGAUCUCAAAGCGCUGGCCUGCUGUCCGACAUGUUGCUGAUGGCGGCCUUUGGGCCAGGAGGACCGGUGAGUGACCGAGGCAGCACGGAAAACCUGGCGUGUGAAAAAGCUAUCGACAUAGCAGGUGGUGGAGCAUGUCCUGGACCGAGCUCCUGCAGCCCAGCACAGGUGGUUUUCACCAUCGGCUCCCCUCCCAGUGGCAGCACCCCGCCUCAGGCAUCCAGACAGAGAAAGUACUCGGGCUCGUUUGCUUCAGUCAGCCCUGCAGGCUCCUUCACCAGCCGCUACCCGCAGACAGCCGCCUACGGGGACGGCUUUGACGCCUCUUCCAGCCCUCGUUAUAAUUUUUUUGAUCCCAUCACGGCCAACAUGGGCGGUCGAGUUACCUUUGAGGCCCCCGAGCUGCCUGAGGAGACCCUGAUGGAGCAAGAGCACACCGACACCGUACAGAGCCUGCGCUUCACAUUGGAUUUCGCUUACUGUCUGAUGGAGGUGGCUGGGGCCCGCAGCGUCGCGUUGAUGGGGGUGCCGGGUGACGCUUCUCACCCCGCCUUCCCGCAGCAGCAGAGCCUGGUGGCAGAUCAGAUUAGCUCAUUGAGCCGAGAGUGGAGUCAUGCGGAACAGUUGGUUCUUUACCUUAAGACUGCAGAGCUGUUGUCCACUGCCAUCCACACAGCCAUGGAGCGAGUGAAACAGGGCAAACUUUACCCCUCAGCCACAGUCAAACAAGUGGUGAGGAGGCUGAAUGACUUGUACAAGUCCAGCGUGGCAUCGUGCCGCUCUCUCAGCACACGUCUGGAGCGCUUCUUCUCCAGGAAGCAGCGUCUCAUGGACCAAAUCACCUCCAUCACAGCUGAGAGGCUGCUCUUCAGCCACACUGUGCAGAUGGUUCAGUCUGCUGCUCUGGAUGAGAUGUUCCACCAGGGGGAGGCAUCCAUCCAGCGCUACCACAAAGCCCUCUUGCUGAUGGAGGGACUGUCUCUUCUGCUCACUGAACAGGAAGACAUCCUCAGUGUUAGCAAAUGUAAAGAGUGUAUAGAGCGUCGCCUGACCGCCUUGCAGUCUGGGCUCUGUGUGUGAGAAGUCUGCACACGACACGUCAUCUGUCGGCACAUUAUUGACAAACUUCAUCAUCUCAUCGUGACUUUCACAAAAGUGAGAUCCCGAGCUUCUGCCAUCCAUUGAACCUGGACUGGAAAGCCCUACGUGAGAGAUCGUGACAUUUGUAUCGACUGUUGAAGAUUGAGCGGGCUACAUGUACAAGCGGGUGACUUGAUGAGUCUUCACGAUUCAUCAGAUGGAGGUAUCAUUGUCACAUGUAUGCCCACAUGAGACCACGUCUUCAACCAGGUAGGACUUGCCUGCGACAGUGUACAUUGCUUCAACCAGAGGCGCAUACAAUCGCUUAUUAGACCAACUGCUGCCAAAACCACGAAAAGCGAGUACUUUUUAUAAUACCUUUUGAUUUUACAUUUACACUUUACGGACUCUUCUUGCUUUUAAUAAAGAGAGACUGGCGCAGGAGGAGGAGGUGGAAGAAGUGGGUCCAAAAACAGGAUGUUUUCUUGUGUCCAGUACGUAGUCGCCCCCUUGCCCUCCCAUUGUUCCACGUCGUCAUUGCAUCAUUGUAUCUGUCAAUCAUGUCAGCAUAAAAGCACGUAUAAUCAAAAAGGCGAAUGUAUAGGACAGGAGAGGAGCCGCGUCAACAUCAGUCUGAAUGUUAGUCUGCUAGGAUUUAGGCUGCUGCUCGGCCGCUCAUGCCUGAAUGUUUUUGCACUGUUGAAGUACUGUACAGAGUGGAACAUGCGACACAUGUCAAGUAUUGUUUUCUUUGCUUUAUUUCAAUAUACUUUGACUGAUUUCUGUUUCUACUGCCAUACAUGGAGUGCAGUUGUAUCAUAGUUACUGUGUGUUAGGUGCGAGAGUGUCCAUUAACAAGAGGGAUGCAGUGAGUGUUUUCUUAAGAAAAUAUGAAAAAAAAGCUUUACGGUGAGGAGGGUUUAAAAAAAAAAAAAGGCUGUUUUGCUGCGGAGUAGUCAGUAGGUGAAGAUUCUGUCUUGAUUUUUUUUUUAGUGUUGAUUUGGAGUGCUGAUGUUAAAUAUUUUAUCUGGAUUCUUUCUGUCGAAUCCCCUUUACUCUCCUCAGUUGUGGGCCGGUGGAAAUGGUCAAUGUUAACGUAAUGUUGCCUGCCUGCAUGUUAGCGUGUGUGUGGAGGGGGGUUGGUUGUGAUUCUGACUGAUGGCCACAGUGCAGCGAAUGUUGCUGUUGCUGUAACACACAUGAAUGAAUAUUAGCUCAUUCUGACUCCACGGGUAGGAUCAACACGUCCUCUGGUUACGAAGGAGGAGGGGGGCCACACUGGAGAAGAAAAAAGAAAACUACAAUGAUGACUUUUGUUUGUGUUGUAACAUAACAAGAAAUAAGUUCUGGUAUUAUGUGAAAACAGGAAUCACAAAGAUGUGGAAUUUAUUUACUGGGGGCUGCUGGUCUGAUGGUUGCGUUUGUGUGGGAAUUUUUAAAUUCACUGGGUAAAAUUACCACUUUAUUCUGCUCUUAACAGGACAAUGUAAUAUUAUAAACAUACUCUUAAUAUUACAACUUUUUGUUCAAAUAUCCACUUUGUUCUAGUCAUAUUAAGACUUAUUUCUUGUAAUACUAUGACAUUUAUAAUAGUACAAAUGUAUGCGUACAAGGUUGACAACUUUCGCCUCCUGUUACGAGGAAAAGUUGUGCUAUUUUGACUCAAAUUAUCGCAGGCACUUUUUUCAUCAUCAACUCUGUAUUUAUUUUGAAAUUUUCUCUUUUUUUAUAUUAUUAAUUUAUUCCCGUAACAUGACAACUUUUUCACUUAAUAUUACAACAUAUCAUAUGUCACGAUUUUUUGCUAUAAUACGAUUUUCGUCAUGAUGAGGAAAAAGUGUGCUAUUACAAUAAAAUAAUCGCAAUAAUUAUUAUUUUUCUAUCAUUAACCCAGUAUGUAUUAACCAGGUAAAAUUACUCCUCUUAAAAUAUAUAUUUUUUCUCAGCAUAUUACAGAUUUGUUCUCGUAACAUUUCGACUUCUUUCUCGCAAUAUUCUGAUUGAAUUCUGCCUUUUAUUCUUGUGAUAUUACAACUUUUUUCUCCUAACAUUGCAUCAUUUUACUCAAGCUGUUACCCAGUGUGGCCCUAAUUCUCCUUCACACCCUCCUUCUACCAUGAGGCCCAGUACUACUUUUCUUUACGUUUUCCUUUUUUGUAUUUAUAAGGCAGUUCCUGUUUUGAAAGGCUAAAGAUAGUUUACACAGAGAUCCAGUAUAGUAGCACUGUUGGUAGAGAAGAAUGCAAGAAACCUUUUUCCCCCUCUUAUACUGUCUAUUUGCUUUGAGGCCUUUAGUCAUAAAAAAGAUAAAAUCAGCUAUAUUCUUCCUUCACAGCUGUGAGCAUGUGUCUAAUGGUUGUUUGAAUUGUACAUUCCUAAUAUCAUAUCAUUCGGGCCCCACCUCUCUUCCUGCUCAGUCAGUAUCCAGUGGCGAUGACCUCUUUACUAAAUAAAACCCAUGCAUGUGUCACUUUUUAUAGUUCCCUACAGUGGUUCCUACUGGCCAUCCCAAUUACUACCGUCUCAGCUCGGGGUCACCAUGAAGAAAAUGUGUGCAGGCAUUGAGAUAAACGAUGAGGAGGUAGAGGUUGGGGCACGUGUUGUUUUCUGCUGUAUGUCCUUGAGCAGGAUGCCGACUUUCCUGUCACGGUCGUGGCAUCCCAUGACGAUAAAGAUGAAGUGUAACCAUCGUGAAGGUUCGCACUCUCCCAUGAGGUGUCCAGAGAUUUGACUUUGUGACUGUUGUCAUUUUCAUGUGCGCUAUCGCCUCUAGGAAAUGUAAAUUAAGUUAUUGCUGUUGUUGUAUUUAUGGAUCUGCAGGUGUUGAGGGAACAGUACCAUACCAUCUCUUCUUUUUUUCCCAAAGAAAAAGACUUCAAGGCAUUUUCAUGUUGUCAUCUGUAUGACAAGACACUAUCUCAAUGUCUCCUGUGUGUGAAUAUAACCCUUACUGUUAGUUUCAACACAAAUAAAGCUAAAGGAAUGGUCA